AUGGCGGCGGUGGCUCCUCCACUGCCGGAAGAGGCCAUUGUGAGCCUGAUUGAUGGUAAUGGAGAUGCCUGUGUCAGAGGCGGCGUUGGUGAUGCCUCGUCGGACGGCGAGGUGAUUCCGGCUGUUGGAAUGAAGGGGAUGUCAGAGAUGGGGGCUGCUGGUCCGAUUUCCACGGCGGGAAACUUGAAUUUAAAAAAAUCAGGGUUCUUGCUGGGUUGGACCAUGAAGUGGGCCUCUGGGAGAGCUGAUGGGCCUGAUUCUGUUGGGUUAAGGGCAGAUUGGUCACAUUUGCCAAAGAACCUUUUGGAUUCAGUUUUAGGGAGGCUAGAGUUACUGGGAGAUUAUUUGCGGUUUAGUAUUGUCUGUAAACCAUGGUAUUGGGUAGCAAAGGAUAAUAAAAACAUAUUUGCUACAAGGCAAAGUUGUCAUCCUCCUCCAAUGCUCUUGAUUAAUACUGACAAUGAAGAUACAUGGAAGGUAUACAACGUCAUGGAUAAUAAGCUUCUCGAUUUGGAAGUUAGAGUUCCUAAUACUCGGUUUUGUGGGUCUUCAAAAGGAUGGCUGAUAUUUGUGGAGAAUAACUUUGCCGUUACCCUUGUAAAUCCAUUCUUUAGGGUUAGGGGGAGGACAGAGAAACAAAAUUCAGUCAUCCACCUUCCUCCAGUGUGGCACUUUAGGAAGUCAGAUCAUUUUGAUUAUUAUGUUCACAAGGCUGUAAUUUCAGCAGACCCAUUACUGAAUGCAAACGAGUGCAUUGUUGUGGUCAUAACUGAGCCCUUUUACCAGUUGGCUUUUAUUCGACUUGGGAAAGACUCAACUUGGACUUAUGUUGACUGGCGCAUCCGUGGUCGUGGAUUUGAUGAAGUUGUUUUCCUUGAAGGUAAGUUAUAUGGUGUUCAAUCUCGUAACAGAGUUUUAUCUUGUGAGAUCAACACUCGUUUUCAUUCUGGCCUAAAAUUAGCUGCAAACAAGUUUCAAACAAAUUAUUGGGCCAAGAAUUAUCUGGUGUGUUCAAAGGAGAAAGGAUUGUUGUUGGUUCAUAGGCUGCUGGAUUUUGAGGGGGGGAGACAUACAACGAAAUUUGUAGUAUAUAAACUGAAUUUCAAUAAGCGUAAGUGGACUGAGAUAGAUACUUUAGGUGAUGUUGCUCUCUUUGUGGGUGAUAAUUCUUCAUUUUUCGUGGCGGCGUUCCGAGGAUGUCUACCAAAUUGCAUAUACUUUAGCCAUGAUAGUGAUUGUAACGAAGAAGUCUUGGGAGCUGAUGGUCCUCGUGAUUUUGGCGUGUAUGAUAUCGAAAAUAAAAGGUUUCUAACCAUUGACACCACAUAUGUUUCAACUCUAGCCAAGAUGAGCAGGCAACCACCGAUCUGGAUUGUGCCAACGUUUCAGCUGUAA